AUGGCAGAAGAAUCAGAUGGUUAUAGACAAGAUAAAGAGAAGGUGGAUGAUGAUGAUGAUGAUAUGUUUUGGGAGGAAGUGAGGAGAAGGCAAGUGAGACGACGAAGAUCAGAUGGUAGCAAUAGUAGCGGAUCUGUAGAAACAGUUAAGAGAAGUAAACCUAUGAGUAAACCUGAUAAGGAACCAGCUUGGAAAGUUAUCAUAGUUUUUGAACAACAAGGGCCAGAUUUACACCCCAUUCAUGUCACCAAAGCCAUAGAAAAAGAAAUAGGUAAAAUCAAUCAUGCACGCUUCUUAGGAAAUGGAAGACUAAUGAUUUUUGCGAUAUCUGAAGAUCAGAGAAGGGAAAUCUUAAAGAAAACAUCACUAAAUGGAUAUAAAAUAACAUCACACGUCCCAGGAGCAAUAGCUAAGAAAAGAGGAGUUAUAACAGGGAUUCCAGUUUCAGUAUCCAUUGAAGAUAUUAAGAAUAACCUGAAAGGAGGAGAGAUAGUGGAUGCAAAACGACUCACCAAAGGUAAAGAGAAAACAGAAAGCCUAUCGAUUUUACUUCACUUUAAAGAUGAAAUGCCUGACAAGAUACAAAUGGGUUUCAUGUGCUACCCAGUGAGAGAAUAUAUUCCUCCCCCUUUGCGAUGUUUUAAAUGCCAACGAUUUGGACAUGUAGCAGCCCAAUGUAAGGGUAAACUUAGAUGUGCAAAGUGUGGAGAAGGACAUGAAUAUGGGAAAUGUGGAGAAAAUGCUCAGUUAAAAUGCUGCAAUUGUGGAGGUCAGCAUAGUGCUGCUUAUGGAGGAUGUGAGAGGCAGAAAGAAGCAAAGGAGGUCCAGAAAUAUAAAGUAACUUAUCAUGUCUCAUAUGCAGAUGCAUUAAAGGAAAUAAAUAAAGCUAAGAAAGACACCAAUGCUAAUAGAAAUGUCUCCCCAUCAAAGCAAGUUUCUUGGACUCCAAUAAGUUAUGCCCACAGCUCUAGCUCUGUAAGACAGAAUGAUGAUGGGACCAAUAUGUCUCAGCUAACAAAGUGGAAUGCAAGAAGUCUAAUUGCAAAUGGACAGGAGUUUAAAAGAUACUCAGAACACAGACGACAGUGGAAAGAAAGAGAGGCAGAAAAUGGAAUAGUGAAUAUCCUGAAAGAAGAAGGAAUGCAAAGAGAUAAAAUGAAAUCCCUAUUUAUUUUUCUCAAUAACUCAGGUGGCGGUAUGCACCAAAGAGAUGUAAUCUGCCAAUAAACUAAGAAG